AUGGCGGCUGCAGCGGGAGCGGCAACCCUGCAGCAGCAGCAGCAGCAGCAGCAGCAGAGGCCGACGCCACAGCAGGAAGAGCAGCAGCCGCUGCAGCAGCGGCAGCAGCAGGUAGCGCCUGCAGCAGCAGCAGCAGCAAGUUCAGCAGCAAUGGAGGGAGGAGAUGUGGGGCCAAAAGGGCCAGCGAGGUCUCAGCGAGGCACAGAGAAAGCCCAAGUAGAAAACAAAUAG